AUGGCAUCCCGCCACGCCCUCGCACCAGCAUCAGCAGCUCUAUCCCGCCUCCUCGCCGCCCGCUCCUCUUCCCGCCUGUCCAGAGGACCAAGCGUCAUUCCAUCAUGCCGGCGCGUCAUAGGCGCUUCUGAGGGUCGGCGGUGGGCUAGCUCAAGUGUGUCUGGAGACGAGAGAGGGGACAAGGAGGUUAUGAAGAGUGUAAGGGAGGAGCUUGAGAAGAGGGCCGAGGAGAGAGCGGCUGCUGAAGGGGCAGAGGCAUCGCCAUCAUCAGCGUCGGCGAGCGAAAGUACGGCCAGUUCGAGCUCGAGUUCUAUACCGCUCUCUCCACCGCCAUUAUCAACAGAUACAGAUACAGGUUCGAUAACCCAAUCCUCCCCUUCCUCACGAUUUACCUCUCCUGCAACUACCACUUCAGCUCCUGAUCGCAAAUCGCCCUCCCUGUUCGUCCUCCCCGCAAACAUUACCAUUCCUCCGGAGGUCCGCGAACGCCUCACAAAAUGGGGAGCCCUGGUCAUGAAGCACUCCCAACAGGUCGUCCAAGAAGCGCAAAAAAAGUUUAUCGAGCUGGGCUUCAAAGUCAAUGAGAUGACUGGUUAUCUGGAAGUUGAGCGGUUGAAACAUCUCGUCUUCACUAAAGAGGAUGAGCUUCAAAAACUCCGAGACCACGCGAAAUCCACAAAAGCCGCAUACGAUCUCGCCAUCACCGCACGUUCCUCCGCCCAAUCCUCCAUGAACGCCCUCCUCGAGCGCAAACACUCUUGGACCGAUUCGGACGUUUCCACAUUCACCACCCUCGUCCGUGCCGACCAUUCCUCAUCGCAUGAAGUGGCAAGAACAGCGGAAGAGAUGAAGAAGGCAGAGGUCGGGGUGGACAGGGCGUUCUCGGGGUUGAUGCAGACUAUUCUGCAGAGAUACCAUGAGGAGCAAGUGUGGAGUGACAAGAUCCGUUCAGUGUCUACUUGGGCGAAUGUAGCCGGUUUAGCUCUGAACUUGAUCGUCUUUAUCGGGGCUGUGCUCAUUGUCGAGCCGUGGAAGCGUAAGCGUUUGGUGGAAAAGCUGGAAGAGAGGGUGUCGAGUAUGAUGGCCAAGGUUGAUCAAAGGCUGGAAGGAGUGGAGGGGCAUUUAGAGAGGGUAGUCGCCGUGGGGUCGGGGCCUGAAUCUGCCAAGGCUCUCUCUGCUGUUGAAGAGCGUGCGAAAGUAGAGGUGGUACAAGAGGAACAAGCACCUCUGGAAUUAGCCUCUUCCAUUCCCGAGAUCGUCUCACCGUCUCUUGCCCCUUCGCUCCCGUCCCCUUCCCCCGCCUCAACCUCCGGACCACUCUCCCUCCCCACAAUCCACCCCUUCUUCACCCAAACCCUGGCCGAUCUUCCACCGUCCCUCGACCCUCUGGCAAAGCCUUCGCAAGAGAGGGACCUGGCGUUGGCGGGGCUGGUGGGUGCUGUAGGGAUGGGAGUUCUGAUGGGGUUGGGGAGAGUAGUCUUUGGAUGA